AUUUAGGUAAGCUAUUAGUUAUCAGUUAAAUUAUUUUCAACAAUGUCCGCGAUAUCAACGUUCGUAUUUAUCGACCUGGAGACUACCGGUCUGCCGCAAGAGGAGAACAACAAGACAAAAAUAACUGAAAUAAGUAUGGUUGCCGUAAAAAGGCAACAUAUUCUCGAUACGCGUAAGGGAUGUGCACCCCGUGUCCAGCAUAAGCUCACUAUGUGCUUUAAUCCUGGCAGGAUGGUGCAUCCCGAUGGCACAAAGGUGACAGGCCUGUGUAACAAUCUACUUGAACAUGAACCUUUUUUUAACCUGGAAGUAUUUACCCUUAUUAAUACAUUUCUUAACCUGUUAACCAAACCAAUUUGUUUGAUAGCUCAAAAUGGACAUAAUUUUGACUUUCCAAUAUUCAAAAAUCAUCUUGUCAAACUUGGUAUAAGUUUAGCUGAUGAUCUAACCUGUGCAGAUUGUCUCCAUGCAUUCUACGACAUUAUGGAGGAAAUGAAAGAAGUUAACAUAAAACCUAAAACAGAUGUAGAUUUAAUUGAUGAAGAAAAUACAGUCAAUAGCAUAAAGCUACCAGAAAUAGAUGAAAUUGACUUCUAUAGUGACAAUACACUUAUUGCUAAAGCAGUUAAUGAAAAUACACCCAAACGUACUGUUAUUGGAUGUGGGAAUAAAACUCCCCAAAAACCCCAUUCUUCUUUAGCUAUAUCAAAGGCACGUAGAAGGUUCCCAUGGAGUAAAGGCAAGAAGCCAGCAGAAAAAUAUAAACUGAAGGACAUCUAUUACAGAUUGUUGAAUCGGGAAGCUGUAGAUGCUCAUCAUGCUGAGAAUGACUGUUUGAUGGCUCUGCAGUGUGCUGUAGCCUUAGGGGAACCUUUUGUGCGUUGGGUUGAUGACAAUCACUGUUUGUUUUCUGAAGUCAAACCUAUGACUCCCGGCACACCUCUGGGCAGUUAACAUUUUUGAUAUACCUUAUAUAUUGUUUGCAUGUUUUGUGAUACAACUAUUUGAUAUUUAUAUUUUUUAGUU